UUUCCUGGGUCUCUGGAUGGGUUAUCUGUGCUGUCUCAUCCAUGCCCCCAGCGCGGCAAGGACGUUAAAUGGUGUUAUUAUCAACCUCCCGGCCUAAGCCAUCCAGUUUACCUGCCAUGUUUAAAUGGUUAUAAUUAUCACUUUAAUGAUUAGCAUUACUAACUAGUGUGCAGCUGCAGAAAAGACUGAGCAGCGGAAAAAAAGGCUGUCAUGCCAUUGCUCUGGGACUACAGAGAAUGAUGCAUCUGACGUAGUGAGUCAGAACUCCAUGCUCAUCAGAUGGGGAUGAAGCAAUCAAAUACCUGAGCUGGUCCUAGAGCUCACUUUCCAUUUGAGGAGCAGUGCAAGGGCCCAUCCCCCACCCCAGCUGGGGGGUGAAAUUUAAGUCAGCAUGGCUGGGAAGAAGAGUCUGUGCAAACAGAUCGAUGCACAGAAGAUGGCCAGUAUCCUGCAGACAGCUAUGGACACUACCUUAGUGAUUGAUUGCCGAUCCUUUGUGGAGUAUAAUAUUUCACAUGUGCUCAGUUCUGUUAACAUUUGCUGCUCAAAGUUAGUGAAGCGGAGACUGCAGCAGGACAAAGUUUUAAUUACAGAGUUCAUUCAACCAGCUUGCAAAAUCAAGAUCACAGUCCAGGAGAAACAGAUGGUGGUCAUCUAUGACCAGUGUACAACUGAUGUGGAGGCUCUCAUGUCGGACAGUUUUCUUUACAUUCUUCUGGGCAAGCUCAACACCAGUUUCCAAAGUGUUUCUCUUCUAACAGGAGGAUUUGCUGCUUUCUCCUCAUGUUUCCCUGCCCUUUGUGAGGGUAAACCAACUAACAUUCUGCCAAUGAGCAUUUCCCAGCCAUGCCUACCUGUUGCCAACGUGGGGCCGACUAAAAUCCUUCCACAUCUGUACCUGGGCUCUCAAAAAGACGUCUUAAAUAAGGAUCUGAUGGCACAAAUUGGCAUCACGUAUGUCCUUAAUGCCAGCAACAACUGUCCAAAGCCUGAUUUCAUCAGUGAGAGCCAUUUUAUGCGCAUUCCAGUCAAUGACAACUAUUGUGAGAAGCUUCUUCCGUGGCUGGACAAAUCAACAGAAUUUAUAGAUAAAGCAAAGCUCUCCAAUGGUCGUGUGAUUGUUCAUUGUCUGGCUGGUAUUUCUCGUUCAGCAACAAUUGCCAUUGCUUAUGUUAUGAAGACCAUGGGCAUGUCCUCCGACGAUGCAUACAGGUUUAUUAAAGAUAGGAGGCCAUCAAUAUCUCCUAAUUUCAACUUCUUGGGACAGCUGUUAGAGUAUGAGAAAAGCCUGAAGUUGUUGAAGGUUUGGUCCUCAGCUUCAAUGAAGUCCCAAAAAGAGAGGCAUGAAAGUGAAUUAGAGUCCAAGUACGUGGAGACAACCAGCAGUGUUACUGAGAGCAGUCAUUUUGCUUCCCCUACCUCAGAGACUGUAGGAGAGACUGAAAAUGUAUCCCAGAAGAUCACUGACUGUCUGUCCAAGGCUGAAAGUGACAGCACAUGCUUAGAUUCAACAGUUGUGUCAUCUGUCAUUUUACAACAAAGUCUCAAUGGUCUACAUCUCUCUUCAGAGCGGAUUCAGGACAGUAAUCGGCUAAAGAGAUCAUUUUCUUUGGACAUCAAAUCAGCCUAUUCGCCAGCAUCCAAUGUGGCUGCUUCACCCAUGGACACAGAUGAUGCAGCUAAGCUUUGCAAAUUUGACAGUCCAUCCAAUCUACCAUCUCCGAGUAAAUCUUCUCUGUUUUUAGAUAGCCCAUCAAGGGUACACUGUGUUGGUCAUGGCUUACCAGUUCUAGAUAGUCCAGACAGAACCACUGGCAAUGACUCUCCUCUAGAACCAAAAGUGCGUCAUAGGAGAAAGCACAAGUAUAAUGGCGACUUGACAGGCUCAAGUAGUUCACCUGUUCACACACUAACUUUAACUGGGGGUGCAGUGGGCAAUACACAAAAAACUACCGCAAGCACAGAGGGGGAGAGUAUCAAAACAACUCUGUUCUUGAACCUUCCAACUGGAAGCCAACAAAACUCUUUAGGGAAUAAUGGUAUAAGUAUUUGGAGUAAACACUUGGAAACAGGUCACACCACAACAUCAGCCAACUCCGCUGUGGACAGCACUUGGUACUUUAGUUCGGACUCUCAGACGAGCCAUACUAACAGUGUCCUUUUUACUGGAAGCACAGCGUAUACGUCUUAUAGCUGCAGCACUGUACAGACAAACUGUGAGGUCAGACUGAGGGACAGACAGCCAGAGCACAGGGAUUCUAGACACAGCUGGCAUGAGGAAAGCACAUCAGAAAAACAGUUCAAGAGACGCAGCUGUCAGAUGGAAUUCGAGGAAGGCAUCUCAGAGAGCAGGUCGCGGGAAGACCUGGGCAAGUUAGGCAAACAGUCUAGUUUUUCUGGGAGCAUGGAAAUUAUUGAAGUGUCUUGAUGCUCCAAUGUCCUGGGCUUAUUUAACAGUGAAGGGGAGGGUUGGUUAUUUAUAAAUUAUUUUUUGUGAUUUAAAGUAAAACAAGACUACAGUAGUACAAACCAUGAAAGUCAUGACACAUCACUGAGCAAACUCUGAAAAGGAAAGAAGAGGGAGACGUUCUUUGAAAAGUGCACUAGAGUCAGUAUUGUGUGCUCAUUAAAAUAUGUAGAAUAAAGUGUCCCUUACUUUGCCAUUCCUUCAGAUUUUUCAUUGUAUAACAAUAUUUAUUUUCUACAAGAAUAUAUUUUCUUCCUGUACUUAUUUCCUAAUUUGUUUAUUUAAUUUGGUCACAUGUUGUGCAAUUUUGUUGUUUACAUCAUUGCAUAUAUCAUGAAAAUUCUUUUCCAGGAAACUAAAAUUAAAAAAAAAAUGCAGAACUACACAAGUUCAAGCAAAGUACGGUGGUACUGGUGUUCUAUAGUUUCUGCUGUUCCUUUGGAGCAAAGAAGGUUAUUUUAUGAACUGCAGUGAUCAUCUGCAAAGUCCUUACUGGUUUAAUCACAGAUCUUUCUCAGGGUAGUUUGGCCAAAAGAAAAACUAAAAAAGCUUAUGUAGGGCUUGUGUCACUUUAUAUCUUAUUCAUUCUUUAUUCAAACAGUUGCCAUUAAAUUAGCAAGCUGUUCAUAGACAUCACAGACACAAGGUGCAGGGUUUGAUUCUCACCCUUAAAGAGAAGAGAUGUUGGCUAGGCUUAAAUUGGCCUGCAAGGGCAGCUAGCCUUGUACUUACCUUGGAAGUUGGGCACAGAUACUUACUACAGCAAACUCCAGGGAUGUCAGCUUUAUUUGUUAUCUUUUAUUGUAUUGCUCCUUUUCACAGUUUGCCUCCCUUUCACUCCCGGUUCUGUGCUUGUUCAGUGAAAUGGCUUUCUUAACACUGCACUAUAAUGUAAGAGUGUCAGAAUUUGUCUGUCUUGGUCUGCGUGUUUAUAUAUGUACACAUACAUACAUACACAGAUAUACAUAUGGAUUCAAAUACGGAGAGUAGAGAAGAGGACAGAAAUUGAUACAGACACGCACAUAGACGUGUGCAUAUAUUUGUGUCUGUUGUUUUAUAUAUCUAUGUAUGUCUAUGGUACACAGUUUUAUUUUUUUUUUCAAAUAUUUAAUAUCUUUUGUGUCUGUUUCAUUUCGUCCAUCAAGACUGAAAAAGUAAACAAUACAAACUGUUGACGGUACAUGGACUAAAUACAAACUGUAUUGUUGAAGGGAUAAACACUUUGAGCAAUACAAAUCUCAUUCAUUUUUGUUCAGUGUUGGACAGUGUCACAUUGCAGAACUAUCUUUCAUUAAAACAAAAGGCUGUUUCCAGAAUAUGAUUAUCCUGUAAAGUUGAAAGUCUGAGCCAGGAUCUCCCUGCUUGCUUUUCACUUUGUGUUUCUCAUGUUGAUAUGUUUUUGUUGAACUGUUAGAAAAAAAGGAUAGUCAUUGUUGGCGCAUCCUACUUUGUCUUCUCCAUUAUCGUGACGCUGGCAAUUUGGAAUUACUUAUUUAAUGAAAAGUCAUGCAAGUUCAAUGAUAAAUUUAUGAAUCAAUGCUGGCAGUUCGGAUCACUAAUAUAUUAUUGUACAUAACAGUGUAUCAAAGAUUUGUUGAGAAAUGAGAGUAAAACAGUUGAAUUGUUUUUGUGCUGCUUUAUGCAAAUACCUCAGGUUUAUGGCGCGCCUUUGCCCGUUUUCUGUACGGAAGGAGAAAAUGAUAAUGACAAGAAAGUGUUUCUCAUCUCAGGUUAUUUUAUUUUUUUUAAAGGAAGAAUUUCAUUAAAAAAUAAGCUGCAA